AUGAAGAAAAUAACAGACUUUUAUGCAAAGAAAUCAGAUUCAGCGACUGACGAAUCAAGGUCUGAAGAAUCUGCGAGUAUUAAUGAAGGCAUUAACGAAGAAAGAAGCUGUUCUGCUCCUCCGAACAAGCUGCCAAAACUCAGCAACCCAGACGAUCAAGCUGGAGUGUCCGGGAUCGAAGCUUUGCCUGAUGAGGUAUUGGUCGAGGUGUUUGAAAACUUCUCCCUUAAAGAAAUGCUUAAAACAUUGUGCCUGGUCUUACGAAGGUGGAGGCACAUUGUAAACAAUAACAACAUUCUGUGGAGUUGCCUCCUUCUUGAUGAGUGGCACAUAACAUAUUUAAGUGUAGAACAAUUUAUGAACAUCAUGUCACACUCCAGCUAUGGUACUAUCCAGAAUGAUGUCAUUCACGUGUAUGCUUCAAAAAUUAAGGAAAGGCUGACAAAAGACCUAAGGACCAAGGACCUUCCUUUCACGAUUAUAGCAGAUGAGUGUACAGAUCCACACUCAAACCAGGAAAUCUUAUCUUUAUGCUUGAGGUUUGUGGACCAGUCAACGCCAAACGAUCCUCAUGUUAAAGAAUGCCUAAUUAGUUUCAUGCACUUGGAACGAACAAAUGCCGCCAUGAUUUCAAGAAAGAUUUUGGAAUCUCUUUCUGACCCAUCUAUUUCUUUGGAUCCUAGCAACAUCCGUGGUCAGGCAUAUGAUGGAGCCUCCGUUAUGUCAAGUGGAAAGGAAGGAGUGCAGGCGAAGAUAAAAGAGACCAGUCCGUUAGCUCUUUACACGCAUUGCUAUGCUCACUGCCUGAACCUCUCCAUCGCAGCAACAUGCAAACUGCCAGAAGUGAGAAAUUUGAUAGGCCUGAUUAACGAGGCAUAUCUAUUUUUAAAUAACAGCCCAAAGCGGCAGCAGCUGUUCGAGUUGACACUGAAAGAAUACCUGCCUGAGAAUUCUCACAGCAAGCUUCCAGGUCUUUGCAAGACACGCUGGGUGGAAAGACACACAUGCCUAGAUGUUUUCCUGGAAAUGUAUGAGCUCCUUGUCACCUUUCUAGAUGCAGUUAUUUCCCCCCACGAGUACCCACAUUUGAAAUCGUCUACUGGAAGCUGGAAUUGGGACAAAGAUACUAUCACAAAAGCCCAGGGACUGAAAGCCUCUUUGUUGACAUUCCAGACUGUAGUGGUUUUCAUUACAACCAAGAAUAUUCUUGAUGAAGUUAAAGCUCUUGCAUCAAAGCUGCGGAAACAAGAUCAAGAUAUUUUUGAAGCUUACACGAUGGUUGACGAAGUAAUUGGAAACAUCAAGUCUGCUAGAAAAAACAUUGACGUUGACUUUCAAGUCUGGUACAAAGAAAUGUUAGACCUUUCUGGGAAACUAGGAAUCGUUGAAGCUGUACCCAGAAAGACUAGCAUACAGAGGAAUCGCUCAAACAUUCCCAGUUCUACUCCAAUUGACCAUUACAAAAAAUCUGUGGUUAUUCCCCUUCUUGAUUCCCUGAUUAUUCAAAUGCAAGACCGAUUUUCUGGCGAGGAUCGCCACGCCCGUCACUUGCUUUAUCUAGUACCCUCAAUCAUAGUUAAUAACUCCCAGGAGCUAUCUGAAGCAGCAAAAGGCAUGUUGUUCUGGGAGAAUGACCUUCCAUUUCCCAAAUCCCUUGGAAAUGAGCUGCGACGAUGGCAAACUAUGUGGCAGUCAGCAGAGAAGGAACUUCCAAACAAUCUUCUAUUAGCACUUGGUGCGUGUGACGAGGAUACUUUUCCAAACAUCCAUCGUCUUCUUCUAAUUGCAUGCACCCUACCAAUCAGUAGUGCGGAAGCUGAGCGGUCCUUUUCACUCAUGAAACGGAUCAAGACCUGCACCAGAUCAACGAUGUCUGAAGAGCGCUUCUCAGAUCUCGCCGUGAUCGCCAUGCAUUACCCGGAGAGAUUCGAAGUAGACGAGAUCUGCGAGGCUUUUGUAAAAGCUCACCCUAGAAGACUAUUUCAGGCUACGUUGUUUGAUUGA